AUGAGCAGCGUACGAGUCUAUCAGGCUCCUCUAUAUUCCAUUUUGUGUUUUCUCUCCACCUCUUUAGCCCUCGUCCGAGUCAUGUCUUUUGAAGCCGCCGCCGGAGUCGUGGGCGUUAUCGGCCUGACGAUCCAACUUAUCCAGGUCACGAGCAAGUUUGGAUCCGACUGGAAGGAUGCGCCGGCUGAUGCUAGAAGCUUCAUAGCGGAGCUUCAGGCUCUUAAAACAGUCUUGUACGAGACAAGCACAAACAUCACCUACAGUAAAGACUUUGAGGGCGCGUUUCUCGGUCAUCGUUCAGCAGUACAGUCGCAGAUUAGGCAGUUGGCUACUGACACUGACACCAUGACCAUGGUGUCCGCGUGCAAGGCCGAGUUGCAAAGCCUCCACGGAGACCUGACAAAGCGGGCCAACAGCCAUCGAAUGGGGUGGGAACGGCUGAAAGGGGCCUUCCAGGCUCCUAGAACACGGGAGGCGGUCGAAAGACUACACCGACAAUGUCAGACGCUGAACCAGCUCAUGGUCAUUGACGUCCUCACACUUACGGCAAACACCUACCGCAAGGUAGAGCAUGUUUCUGAACGGCAAGAGAGCAUACACCAGACGCAAAACCUCUCUCUUGAUCAGAUACAAGGCCGAAUGGAUGACAAAGUGGCCACUCGCGAGAGGCAGCACAUCCUCGACUGGCUCACCCCGGUGGAUUACACUACCCAACAUAACGACUUUAUCGGCCGCCGAGAAGAUGGCACUGGAGAAUGGCUUCUAGAGUCUGAAGAGUUUACGGAGUGGCUGAAUGCCGAGAAAAAGACACUGUUCUGCCCAGGAAUUCCAGGGGCGGGGAAGACAAUACUAACUUCCAUCGUUGUUGAAUACCUCUAUACUCAAUUUGAGAAAGAUGAAUGCACCGGAAUUGCAUACAUCUACUGCAAUUUCCGCAGAAAGGAUGAUCAAAAUAUCGAGGGCCUUCUCGCAAGUCUGGUGAAGCAACUAGCUGAGCUCCGAUAUCCUUUUCCCAAUCCCGUCAAAUCCUUAUACGAGGACCACAAGCAGCGGAAAACGAGGCCAUCGGUUCUCGAACUUUCAAAGACUCUUCGUGCGUAUGAUGACGCGAUGGAGCGUAUAAAUGGGCAGCUCAGCGACCAAGCACUCCUCGCGAAGCAGGUCAUACAAUGGAUCACAUGCGCCAGGAGGCCCCUCACGACUGAAGAGCUCCAACACGCACUUGCCGUAGAACCCGGAGAGUCGGAACUCGACGAAGAAAACCUCACGGAAACUGAGGAGAUGAUCUCAAAAUGGUUUCCAGCUGCCGAGGAAGACAUCGCGAUGACCUGCAUCACGUAUCUAUCCUUCAAUACGUUUGAGAGCGGGGCGAGCCCGGGAGACCGUGAGUUUGAGGAGCGACUCCGAGUGAACAAACUUUACGAAUACGCUGGCAAAGGCUGGGGCCACCAUGUUCGCCAAGUCCUUGAUAGACCUCAAGAAAAGGGGAUCCCGAGCUCCAAGGGGAUUCCAUACCUACGAGUACGGAAUUGA